ACAGAGUACGGAAAACAUGUUGUCAGUUGUUCCGAACACGUUGUGUAGUAAAGUUAGGGAGAAGUUUACACUGAAGAUGCCUAGAGUUGUGACGGACCAGAGAGGAAAGUUUGAAAAUGAUGAACUAUUUAGAAAACUUAGUCGAGAAUGUGAGGUGAGAUAUACUGGAUUCAGGGACAGGCCCCAAGAAGAAAGGCAGCUAAGAUUUCAAACGGAGUGUCGUGAGGGCCAUGCCGAUAUAGCAUUCGUGGGGACGGGUACUAAUCUACAGCUUAGUUUUGCUUCUAACGCCUGGUCAGACAAACCCGAGGAUAGGGUACCGACACAGGAGUUUGUAAACUUCGACAUGGACCGGGGCAAGGUAAAUCUGAAGUCACAGUUUAUAAUGAAUGGCGUGUGUGUGGUUUGGCGGGGAUGGAUAGAUCUACAUAGGUUGGAUGGAGUCGGGUCCUUACAGUUUGACGAAGACAGAGCUGAGGUGGAAGACCAAAUGUUACGAGAGCAGAUUGAGCAAUAUCAACGGCGACUGCAUGAUUUUGAUGACCGCCAGCGGCAGUACCAACAGGAGCAGAGGGAACGGCAGGCAGAGUCUGAAGCAGAGGGCUACCUAAACCAUUUAAGAGUGAGUGGUGGCAAAAUUCAAAGUCUGUCAAAUUCAUCGGAGCAGGACCAACCUGUCGGCUUUUUAUCAAAGAGAAGCCUAGAUGGGGAGAAGUUCGUUUCAAAAACCGACAAAGAAGUACCAAUGUCAGUCCCACAGAAACCAGUGAGAGCGAAUGAUAAGCAUUUACCUUGGAAGAAGAGGAUGUACAUAAUGUAACAUAAAUACCUCCUAAAGAGGCUAACUUAUUUAUUUUUAUGUCCACUUUUGUCAAUAUUAUAUUGAAGAUAAACAAAUUUAAUAUAUACAGCAUAAGAAAUUAUUUUUUAAACCUAUAAACAUUGUGUGAUUGGUUGAAUAACAAUGUGAUGGCAUUGGGCACAAAUAAUAAAUGUUAUUGUACGUCUUAAAGGAAAUGAUUGCCGUGUACUAAUAUGCAUAUUUUUGGUGUCAUCACAACUCAUUGUGUUAAGGAAUAUUAUUUUAUUGAAUUUUUUGAGCCGACAGCUCAGUUUUAUAGUAUUCG